UCGAUGGCAAUUACUUGCAGUGUUCCGGAGCGCUGGCCCUCCUCAGGCCCAUAGCGGAGUAUGCAGAGAUGCGGGGCAGAGGCCCGCCAGCCACAGCCUCGCCCGACUCCAGCAGUCCCCCUCCCGCACUCCCAGCCAGUCAGAGAGAAAGUUCAACUUUGAACCAGAUGACCAAGUCAUCUGGAACUGUGAAAGCUACUUCAGGGAAGAAGAAGAGAAAAAAAGGAAUCAAGAAAAAAAUUAAAGGUUUGACUGAAGCUGGUCCUUGGUUAGUGAAAUUGUAUUUGGCAGAUAAUGGCAUAGAUGGAAAAGGAAAAGAUGGAGAAAACAGUUUGUUGGAAUUCACUCAGAUCUUAACACGCCUGAUCAAAUACUCUGCCCACUUAAGGGAACUUGACCUUGGAAACAAUGUCCUGGGAGAAAUGGCUGCUGCUGACAUACUUGAAGCACUGAGAGCCAGAAAGACAGGUAAACUCCCAGUCUUAAAAGUUACAGUCACUCCUCAGAUCUCUUCGGACACCUUCAGAUCUAUUUGGAAAAGUAGCAAUAAAUCUAAUGUUACCCGUAAAAGGAAGAAAAAGGUGAAAAACUGAAUAUGGAUGCCAUGUUUUCUUAUGGAUGCUAUUUCCAUGGCCAAGGAAACAUACAUGUAAAGAUAUUGCUUCUUAUAUGAUAACAUUUUUCACUAUAACCAAGCCUCUUUCAGGUUCUAAAGUUUUA